UCCUCCUCGAAUUUGGGGGCGGCCGCGGCCACCGUGCAACUGGCGCCAGCCGCGGAGCAGGAGGAGCUUCCCGCGACUCCGGAGGCGCUCAGCGCAGUCGCCCGGGAUCCUGGCUGGCGGGAGCCUGAGAGUCCCGGCAGCGCUGCUCCCUCCUCUGCUCCCCCGCCGGAUCCGGGGGGAAGGAAUCGUGCCCGCGCCGCCCCUGGCCCGCGCCACCUUCCUCUGGUUUCCGCCGGCCUCAGGCUUCUGCGGCCCGAUGCGGCAGGCGCCGCGAGAGAGGCAGCAGCCGGCUGGAGUGAGCGGCGCGGACGGGCUGAGAGCAGCGGCCCCCCAGGUCGCGGAGCCCGGCGCGCCUCUGCCGUCGCUCCUGGGCCUUGGCGGGUCACUUUCGCCGGCCGGCUUCGCUGCGGGUUUGCAUUGCCCGGGUGAGCCAGCCAUGAGAGGGUAUCUCGUGGCCAUAUUCCUGAGUGCUGUCUUCCUCUAUUAUGUACUGCAUUGUAUAUUAUGGGGAACGAAUGUCUAUUGGGUGGCACCUGUGGAAAUGAAACGGAGAAAUAAGAUCCAGCCUUGUUUAUCAAAGCCAGCUUUUGCCUCUCUGCUGAGGUUUCAUCAGUUUCACCCUUUUCUGUGUGCAGCUGAUUUUAGAAAGAUUGCUUCCUUGUAUGGUAGCGAUAAGUUUGAUUUGCCCUAUGGGAUGAGAACAUCAGCGGAAUAUUUUCGACUUGCUCUUUCAAAACUGCAGAGUUGUGAUCUCUUUGAUGAGUUUGACAACAUACCCUGUAAAAAGUGUGUGGUGGUUGGUAAUGGAGGAGUUUUGAAGAAUAAGACAUUAGGAGAAAAAAUCGACUCCUAUGAUGUAAUAAUAAGAAUGAAUAAUGGUCCUGUUUUAGGACACGAAGAAGAAGUUGGGAGAAGGACAACCUUCCGACUUUUUUAUCCAGAAUCUGUUUUUUCAGAUCCCAUUCACAAUGACCCUAAUACGACAGUGAUUCUCACUGCUUUUAAGCCACAUGAUUUAAGGUGGCUGUUGGAAUUGUUGAUGGGUGACAAAAUAAACACUAAUGGUUUUUGGAAGAAACCAGCCUUAAACCUGAUUUAUAAACCUUAUCAAAUCCGAAUAUUAGAUCCUUUCAUUAUCAGAACAGCAGCUUAUGAACUGCUUCAUUUUCCAAAAGUGUUUCCCAAAAAUCAGAAACCUAAACACCCAACAACAGGAAUUAUUGCCAUCACAUUGGCAUUUUACAUAUGUCACGAAGUUCACCUAGCUGGUUUUAAAUACAACUUUUCUGACCUCAAGAGUCCUUUGCACUACUAUGGGAAUGCCACCAUGUCUUUGAUGAAUAAGAACGCGUAUCACAACGUGACUGCAGAGCAGCUCUUUUUGAAGGACAUUAUAGAAAAAAACCUGGUAAUCAACUUGACUCAAGACUGACUCUACAGACUCGGAAGAUGAUGCUAACAGUGUUAGUUUUAUUUUUGUACUGCAAUUUUUAGUUUAAAGUAUGUUGGAUGCACUCGUCGAAUAAUUAUGUUUAUUGUCUGUUGCUGCCUGGUGAUUCAUAACCACCAGCUUAAUUUCUGUGAAUACUGUAUAUUUAACUUAUGAAAACCAAGAAAGGUUAAGAUAUCGGGAAAGUAAGUUUUGAUUGCAUUGUUUUUAAAAUAAGCUAGUUUUCUGAGGUGUUUUUACACGUCUUUUUAUAGUAACUUCAUCUUAGAUUUUUGAAGGGAUAUGACUUUAUUAAGGAUUUAGUUUACCACAACAAUUCUGACUGGAGUAAGACAUUUUGAGAAGUAUAUUUGGCUACUGUAAACAUGGCUCGUGGAAAAUCACAUGAUGUGGCUUGAUGUGGCGAGCUGAAACCACUCGGCUCUGGAAAUCUAAGUUCAUACUGGUUUAAACUCUCCCCUGACAACCCCAGAAUUAAAUGAACCAUGAUUGUGAAGAGUAAUUGGGUACAAUUAAGGCAGUGUUUUUAAGUUAAAGGAAAUAGGCUAAACAUAAAGUUCUAGAUAAGUAAAUAACUAAAGAAUACAAUUACUAAAGUCUGAUGGCUUUGUAUUAUUUUAAAGAAAUGAAGUUUAACUUUAUACAAUGAAGCUAAGCUAGGCAAGCUCAAGAAGGAAAAAAAAAUCUUGAACAUUA